AAAAUUGUCUGUAUGAUCAUCGAAAGAAUAAAAUAAUUUUUGUUACACCCCGAUAUGGAUAAUAAAUGAUGUUAGAUUAUACCGUUUUAUGAGAAAACUUUGUAGAAGACCAUUGAUUACUAUUCCUUCAAUAGUAUCCUAUACCGCUGAAGUUGACAGUUUACUAUCUGAAUCAAAAUUAAAGCUCAUAGAUUUUACAGAAUUGAUUUAUUUUUACCAGAAACAAUCUUUAAGAUUAAUUGAUUAUGAAACACAGAAAGUGGUACAAAUUCAUUCAAAGAAAAUUGGAGUCACAUUUAGACUGAUACAAUUGGGAAUUAUUCUAUAUGUUGUGUUGUGGGUGAUGAUCUAUGAAAAAGGUUAUCAAUCAUUUGAUCAAGCAGUGAGUGGAGUGACUGCCAAGUUGAAAGGUGUGGCUUUCGCCAAUGUGACAAAUAAUCCAUCACUUGGAGCCACUGUUUGGGAUGCAGCUGAUUAUGUGAUACCACCACAACAGAAUUCAGCAUUCUUUGUGAUGACUAAUUUAAUAUAUACACCUGGACAGACAUUGGGAAGUUGUGAGGAGUCUCAUGAUGUAUUUGGUAAUAGUUGUCACAAUGAUUCACAAUGUCACUCUGGACAAUUGGUUCAACGUGGUAGUGGAAUCCAAACAGGAAGAUGUGUGAAUUCUACAAGGCAAACGAAUCUACGUGUUUGUGAAAUAUAUGGUUGGUGUCCUACAGAACAUGAUGUUAUUCCCAGACCACAUUUAUUAGCGUCAGCUGAAAAUUUCACUGUAAUGAUUAAGAAUAAUAUUGAAUUUCCUCAUUUUCGAGUGAAAAGAAGAAAUAUUUUAAAUUGGAUGAGUCGUUUAUUUUUGAAAACAUGUUUAUAUAAUCCGAACGACGAUAAAUUUAAAUACUGUCCAGUUUUUCGUCUUGGUGAUAUACUAAAAUAUUCUGAUGCAGUAAAUAAAGAUAUAUGGGAGACUGGUGGUAUGGUAUCGAUUCAUAUUGAAUGGAAUUGUAAUCUAGACUUUGAUGAAGAGAAGUGUUUACCAAAAUAUAUAUUUCGUCGACUAGACGACUUUCAGAGUAGUGUUGCGAAGGGAUGGAAUUUUCGAUUUAGUCAACAUUACAUUGACGGUGGUGUACGUAGACGUAAUUUGAUUAAAGCAUAUGGUAUCCAGUUUUUCAUAACAGUGUAUGGAACUGGUGGUAAAUUCAACAUUUUAACAUUUUCAAUGAAUUUGGGUUCUGGAUUAGCCUUACUCGGUAUAGCUACUAUGUUAUGCGAUUUGAUUGUGUUAAAUAUUACAGAAAAGAAAGAUAUUUAUCGUAAAGCAAAAAUUGAUUUAAUCGCUGAAAAGAUAAAUAUACACCAGUCUAGUGAAAAAUUUAACAUUCACGAUAAUACAUAUCCAGUAGUUAAAGUAACCAAAAGUGAUAAGAAACGUCAUUUAAUAAUUCGACGUCAUCAUGAUUUUGUGAGAACACCAGAUUCUAUUCGUCGAUCUUCAUUUCAAUCAAUAAAGCAAUUCAUUAAUGAAAGAAGUCCAUUAUCAUUUAGAAAAUCAAAUGUUACACCUAUAAACUUUAUCCCUAAAAUCAAAUCAAAGCAAAAUCAUACUUCAUUCAUUCAGUCUAAUUUAUUAACGAAAUCACAAAUACCAGGGGAAAAUUUAAUUCCAAUUAAUCAUCAUGCACAAUCUCGACAAAAUGUAACUUCAAUUAAUAAUAAAACAGAUAACAAUAUCAAUAAUGCUUCAAUUUCAACUAAUAACCCUCAUUUAUUGAUUUCUAAUUUAUCUGAUAGAACAACAUUUGAAAAGUCUUCUUUCUCAUUGAAUCCACCAUCUACUACUUUUAUUAUUAAUACUACUAAUAAACAACAAUAUUGGAAACAACAAAGACUACUUUACGAAUAAAAAUUGAUUUUUUAAAAGAAAAGUAUUCAGAGCAUAUUUAGAUUUUAAUCUCAUUGGAAUCAAAUUUAUGAUAAUAUCUGUUAUCUUUAUCAUUAUUAUCACUAAGGGGAUAGUUGUUCGGUUACUCAAUGAAUAGAAUCAACAAAUUGCAAAAUGAAUUUCAUAUAUAUAAAAAAAUAAUCACCGUCAUUGAUGUGAAUUCUUUAAUAAAACGAUUACCAUGG